AGCACAGAGGUUGCAGGGGAGGAGAGAGCAGCAGCAAGAAGCAUGGCAAUGGCGGGGAGGAGGCUCCUCGCCACCCUGUGGGUCGUGGUGGCCGCGGCGAGCGUGGCGACGGCGAGGUUCGUGGUGGAGAAGAACAGCGUCAAGGUGCUGUCGCCGCGGUCGCUGCGGGGGCGGCACGCGGCCGCGAUCGCCAACUACGGCGUGCCGGACUACGGCGGGACGCUCACCGGCGUGGUGGUGUACCCGCCGGACGCGAAGCUUGCCGACGGGUGCAAGCCGUUAGGCAAGACGUCGUUCAGGUCGCGGUCGCGCCGCCCCGUCGUCCUCCUCGUCGACCGCGGGGGGUGCUACUUCGCGCUCAAGACUUGGCACGCGCAGCUGGCCGGCGCGGCGGCCGUGCUGGUGGCGGACAGCGCCGACGAGCCGCUGCUGACGAUGGACAGCCCCGAGGAGGAGACCCCCGACAUGGCGUUCCUCGCCAACAUCACCAUCCCGUCGGCGCUCGUGCGCAAGCCGUUCGGCGACGCCCUCCGCGCCGCCGCGUCCAAAUCCGGCGCCGACGACGAGGUGGUGGUGCGGCUGGACUGGCGUGAGUCGAUGCCGCACCCGGACGAGCGGGUGGAGUACGAGCUGUGGACGAACAGCAACGACGAGUGCGGGCCGCGGUGCGACGAGCAGGCGGCGUUCGUCGGCGCGUUCCGCGGCCACGCGCAGCUGCUGGAGAAGGCCGGCUACGCGCUCUUCACGCCGCACUACAUCACCUGGUUCUGCCCCGAAGCCUUCCUGGAGACGAAGCAGUGCAAGGCGCAGUGCAUCAACCGCGGCCGCUACUGCGCGCCGGACCCGGAGGGCGACCUCGACGCCGGCUACGACGGCCGCGACGUCGUGCUCGAGAACCUCAGGCAGCUCUGCGUCCACCGCGUCGCCAACGCGCGCAACGCCUCCUGGCUCUGGUGGGACUACGUCGCCGACUACCACCUCCGCUGCUCCAUGAAGGGCAGCCACUACACCCGCCGCUGCGCCGAGGACGUCGCCAACUCGCUCGGUUUGCCGAUGGAUUUGAUCGACAAGUGCAUGGGGGAUCCCGACGCCAACGCCGAGAACGACGUGCUCAAGACAGAGCAGAUUGUUCAGGUUGGACAUGGCGCCCGAGGGGAUGUGACGAUCCUGCCGACGCUGGUGAUCAACAAUGUGCAGUACAGGGGCAAAUUGGAGAGGAAGUCUGUUCUUAAGGCGAUCUGUGCUGGCUUCAAGGAGUCCACUGAGCCUCAUGUGUGCCUGACACCAGAUAUGGAGACUGACGAGUGCCUGAACAACAAUGGAGGUUGCUGGCGAGACGAGAAGACGAACAUCACUGCCUGCAAGGACACUUACAGGGGAAGAAUUUGCCAAUGCCCUGUAGUGGAUGGUGUUCAGUACCAAGGAGAUGGCUACACCCACUGCAAAGCCGUCGGGCCCGGGCGGUGCGCCAUGAACAACGGCGGGUGCUGGACGGCGACGAGAGACGGCAAGACAUUCUCUGCCUGCUCGGAUUCAGACUUGAGUGGGUGCAAGUGCCCACCUGGGUUCAAGGGCGACGGGAUCCACUGCGAAGAUGUCGACGAGUGCAGCGAGAAGCUGGCGUGCUCCUGCCCUCACUGCUCCUGCAAGAACACUUGGGGUGCGUUCGACUGCAGCUGCAGUGGCAACCUGAUGUACAUCAAGGCUGAAGACACCUGCAUUGCAAAGAACAUGUCGGCUAUUGGGUGGCUGGUGACGACGCUGGUGCUGUCGUGCCUCGUCGGCGCCGGUGUCGCGGGAUACGUGUUCUACAAGUACAGGCUCAGGAGGUACAUGGAUUCGGAGGUGAUGGCGAUCAUGUCGCAGUACAUGCCUCUCGAUGGCCAGAACGGCGAGAGGAUGCCACUAAGGCAGGAGGCCCAGGAGGAGCAACCAUAGCUAGAUUCUUUUGUGAUCUUCCAUGCUUGGAGAGGUUGAACAUUUUGUCAGUCGACUCGUUUUGAAACCCCCAAUACUUGACAGCGACGAAUUGCUACGAUCUACAUUGCGAAAGUUCAGAUAUCAUACCUGACAGGAGCUCUUGCAUUUUCUGCUUGGUGCUUUGUAGAGAAUCGAACCAUAUGGGUUCUGAAAUUCUGACACCA